AUGGCCCAGCCUCGGUUCGCGAGGGCGAUGUUGGAGGUUCAGUCUAGUGUCUCUGCUAUUGGGCGUAUUAGAAUGGUGAAGAUUGAAGAGGAGAAGUGUUAUGAUCUCAGUACAUUCAUUGCUAUUCAAGAGAAGCUCGGUGGUAUAGCCCGUUUUACGUGA